AUGACGGGCUCGAAUAACAUCAGAGGCCUCAUGGGCAAGGGCGUCCCGCCGACGCCGGUCUUCUUCUCCGUCGUCCGCGUCGCCACCCUGGUGCUCUCGCUCGCCGUCCUCGCCGCCUGCGCCUACUGCCUGUCACUUCUGGGCGCCUAUUCGAGCAGCUACACGGGGCCGCCAGGCUUCAUGCUCUUCGUCGUCCUCGCGAGCCGCGAGUCGUCUCCUGUCCGCAAGAGAUCUUCUGAGGUGAAGUCCCUCUUCACCGUCGUCGUUCUGGGCGGCGCCAUGGCCGCCGAGCGCUUCGCGGCGCACCUGUACCUCCGCGUCGUCGUGCUCGUCGGCUACACCGCCACCUGCCUCUUCUGGCUGUCCGGGUGGGCGUGGUCCGCGAGCAUCGCCGCGCUGUUCCUCGGCAACACGUGCAUUCAGAGUACCUGCUUCGGCCCGACGACCGAGGAGAAGCGGUACGGCGGGAGCAUGGCCGGGGCCGCCGCCGUCGGCGCUAUCAACUGGGUGUUGAUGGUCAUCGUGCUGUUCUACUACAUCAAGGGGUGUCUGUCGGACCCCGAUUGCUACGGGGUCUCGACGGGCCACGGGUCCGAGAUGGGCGGCCUCCAGGCCGAGAGCAAGUCGCGCUCUCGGCCGUCUGACAGCGAGCAGUAG